AUGGAUUUCCACGAAUUAAUAGUACGUUAUGCGCUAAGGUACAAUUAUGUCAAGGUUGCCCGAUUGUUGGUCUCAUCUCUUACCAACGAAAUGCAUCUUGAAUUUGCGUUUUUCAUCAUGAAAUAUAUCGUUAGCAAUCGGAAGUAUACCAAUUAUUCAAUUGUUCGGGAAUUAGCAAAACAGCUAACGAUGCAUAAGCUUCCAUCAACAAGUCGAGAAUGUAAUGCACACCGAAUUGAACGAGCGGCUGCUUACAUUGUGCUGAUGAAAGACCUCAUUGCCACAAAGGAUAAUCCACGAAGAAGGGCGAGAAUCAUUUCUACAAUUAAAGAACUUUUACCUAGUACUGGAAAAUUCAAGGAACUUGAUGCUGAAAUUAAGAAAAGUCGUGUAGGUCUUUUGGCAAUCACGAUGAAGGAGCAUCGAAUCAGCUGGUUACAACGUGAAUUUAAUAAGCGAGCUGAAAAGAUAUCUACACAAAUUGAUAAAUACUUGGAUAUUUUACGAACAGACUUACUACUACCACCACUGGAGGGAUUUACACUGGAAAGGUGGGUACAGAGUAGUGUGCCUGAACAAGCUGCUCUGGCAGAUAUUGUCACAUCAAAUGGUCUCUGCGAGGAAAGCCUGCUACAAUACUUCGAGCUUAUUCAGAAUACACCUAGUCUUAGUGUUGAUUUCUUCCAUGGAUGUUCGAGUGAUCUGUUCACUGAACGAGAGCAAAUUCUGAAAUCUGUAGUUAUUGACUGA